GAUGAUGCAUGCUUUUCUUUGCUUCCCAACCACGCAUUUUCAACAAACAGCAAAAACCUCACCACCACCCACACCAUACACCCAACCACAAUGCACAGCCUUCCCUCUCUUCUCUCCUUCUCUCUUGUUGCCCCCCCCCUCCCUGACCCUUAUUGCAGUACGGAUAUGCGUAUGCAACCAGUCUAUUGCAGAUACCUCCGCCCUCACUCUUGCUGGUAAUUGGUUCCUUUCAAAGUGGAGGCUCAUCACGCCGCAGCAGCUGCAGAGAGAUUCUCACGAUAUCCUCGACGACAACGACGACCCAUGAAAUAGGAGGAAAGGCGAAGGCGCAAUGUAUCCUGAUAAUGCCAAUCCCGACAAUGCCUAUGUGCAACAUCAACGCGGCCAAUAUCCUCCUCAAUAUUGGUCUGCUGAGACACCAUCACAACACUCAUCCACACCAAACACCCUCCGCCCUCACCACGCAAGACAACAUCAUGCGCACGGCGUAGAGCGAGAAGAAGAAGAAGAAGAAGACUCCAGCCCCCGGGAUCCCCUCUCUCCGCCGCCGUCUUUCGUGCCCCACGCUCCCUCACCACCCUCCCAGCAGCAACUUCACCCGAAUCCGUAUCACCCGGAGCAGAACAACUUCCCCGCCCCCGUCGUCAUCGGCAGCAUGUUCUCCUCUCAGACCCAGGACCCUUACACCUCCCAGCCGGCGGUCCACUUCAACGAGGCCCAGCUCGCCGUCGACGAGGUCACCAACCGCGCCCGCGGCAAAGGUUUCCGCGACGAGCUCACCAUCGCCGCCAACGGCUCCGUCACACCCGGCGUCGACGAUACCCCUUACCUCCGCUAUGCCUUGGAGGCCCUGACGAGAGAGCAUGGCCACAGCGGCGGCUUCUCCCCCCCAUCCAGCGUCCCCUCCCCGGCCGAGAACACCGGCUACUACCGAGCUGCCGGAUACCUCCCGGACGACCUUCAGAGCCCUCUCAUCAGCGGCGACCCUGACUCCGGCUUCUCUCCCAUGGUCCCCGUCCCUACGCACACCCGGGACUCGGUCCGCCGCCAGUCCCGGCCGCUUUCUAACCCCGGCGGCAACGAGAGGCCUUCCAUGUCCCUCGGCACCCGCAUCAUCUCCAUGUCGCCGCCGCACUCUGCAGACUCGAGGUAUCAGCACAACCAAGCCCAGACCCCGGCCGGCGCAAACCCCACCGAGACCACGCCGAAAUGGCUCCCCGUCAGCGAGAGGGAGAGCGUCUUCCCAGGCAUGACAAAGAUCGACACCAUCGACGAGAAACGCGCGAUUUACCCCCGCCUCAACUUCGUCCCCGCGAUCCUGCGUCUCCCUUCCCUCAUCGCCCUCACGAUGCUCUGCCUCAUCAUGAUCGCCUGCCUCAUGGUCGCCGCCAUCUACUCACCAAUCCAACCCGGCCUCCUAACCUACGGCGAGACAAUCUACAGCGGCAAAUACUUCCUUUUCCGCAUCCUCCCCCAGCUCUUCGCCUCCCUCAUCUUCGUCUACACCCAGUGCGUCGCAGCAGCAACCCUCCGCAUCCUCCCCUUCGCCGCCCUCUCCGAAGACGAACCCCUCCGCCGCCGCAACGCCCUCUUCCAAAACCUCUACGCAAAGACCCUUCUCCUCCCGCAGCUCGCCGGACCCGUCCACGUCAAAAUCGCCCUCGCCAUCCUCUGGCUCUCGGCUUUCGCGAUCCCUCUCGCCAGCGCCUCCUUCACCGUCAUCCUCGUCGACGUAUGGUACUGGACCGCCGUCAAGGGCGUCGUCUGGACCCUCGUGGCCCUGUAUAUCCUCAUCCUCGCCGCCGUCCUCGUCCUCCUCCUCUUCUGGCGCAACCGCGUCACAGGCCUCAUGUGGGACCCGCGCUCCAUCGCAGACCUCUCCGUCAUGAUCGCCAGAAGCAAUACCCGCGACGCCUACCGCGGCGCAGAAGUCGCCCCGACGCGCAAGAAGCUCCGCUCCCUCCUCCGCAACCGCAUCGUCGACCGCCUAGGCUACUGGAUGACGGACAACAACCAAGAAACCCCCUGGUACGGCCUCGGUACAGAACACUCCCAAGGCCAUACCCCGUCCGACCUCCACUACGACAUCAAGAACGAAUCCUCCUCUUCCUCCUCCACAGACGACCGCGAAAACGACAACGACCGCCGCUCCGUCACAUCAACCCUCCUAGCAGGCCGCUCCGCAAACCGCACCUCAAACCGCUCCAGCCUCGUAGAAACAUACACGCUCCCCUGGUCCCUCCGCACCCCCCAAGUCCUCUUCUACGUCGUCGCCUCCACAAUCCUCCUCACAGCCCUCUUCGUAGUCUCCUUCCUCCACCGCACCUCCCUCACCGCCGGCUUCCGCCCAGGCGUCCCAGCAGCACCCUCCUCCGCCCGCGCAGGCGCCUUCUCCGCCGCAAACUUCCUCUACAGCUUCGUCCCCAGCUUCCUCGGCCUCGUCCUCCUCCUCGCCUUCCAGUCCCUCGAGCAGCACUUCCGCAUCCUCCAGCCCUGGGCCGACCUCCUCACCACCACAGACGGCGCGCUGGCCUCCCGCUCCGUGCUCGCCGAUUACGCCGCCUGUCUGCCGCUGCAAUCUACCUCGCACGCCCUCCGUAACGGACACUACCGCGUCGCCGCGCUCUCCGCACUCUCCCUCCUGCUCACUUUCCUCCCGGCCCUCGCAGGUGGGCUCUUCAUGGCCCUGACCGCCACCCGCGCCCAAGAAAGCGGCGUCCGCAUGUUCCCCAACGUCCCCGUCUUCGCCGUCAUCUUGGCCUUGUUGGUCCUCUACCUCGCCGCCCUCGUUUCCCUCCUCUUCGGCCGGAACCAAUACCGCCUCCCGCACGCCGUCACCUGCCCCGCCGAGAUUUUCUCGUUCCUCGCCAACGAGGACUGCGCCGCGGACCCGGCGUUCCAGGCUGCGCCCCGCUCGGCGGAGAAGCUGCGCGUGUAUCUUGGUGCCGGGCCCGGUAGCUCUGCUAGGGGUGCGUCGGCAGCGGCGGCGGGGAUGAGUCAGAGUGUUUGGGUGUUGGGGUAUGCCCCGGCCGAGUCGACUCGCGAUGGGGGGAGGCGGCUUGGCGUGAGAAGGUUGAAGAGGUUUACGGGGGAUGGUGGUGAGAAGGGGCCUUUUGGGAGGCCUUCUUCGAGGGGGGAUAUGAUGGGGAUGGUUUGAUGACCGAAUUGGAGUCCUCUCGAACCAUCUCAGAUCCGAUAUCUCCGCUGCCUUUUUCCCGAAGCAUCUGAUUCUAUUCCCGCGCCGCCGAGUGAUAAAAAGUCUGGUUUUCUGAUUGUUGACCUCGGUUUCUAAUGUUUCCUGUUUUUGGUAUCUCUUUUUGCUCAUGUAUCGGCGUUUACUGGCAUUUUCACGGGUCACGUUUUCUGGGGUUUCUCAUUUGCAUUGGCAAGGCGUUUUAUCGGUUGGGCAUAUCCACGAAGUUUUUCAAGAUGAAUGAAAAAAAGAGAGCCAGAGAGAAGAGGGGAGGAGGGGGGGUACUUACGAAAUGAGUGUACGGAACGGUUUACAUGAUAGUCACGAUAGAAUGUCUCCACGCAUCAAAUGCAUUAAUGUCAUC